GUCUUUAGCUCUUCUUGCCCACCCCUGUCACUAAUUUCUUGAUUACCAACCGGGAGGUUUCUUCUUACUCUCGAUCACAGUCUUCUUCUCUCUCUCUCCAACAAGUUUUAAGAUGGUUUCCGAGCACACUCUAGCCUUUGCAGUCGGCAUUCUUGGCAACCUCAUUUCCUUCUUGGUCUUCCUUUCCCCCGUGCCUACAUUUUAUCGAGUGUAUAAAAAAAAAUCCACAGAAGGAUUUCACUCUUUGCCUUAUGUAAUAGCUCUCUUCAGCUGCAUGCUAUGGGUCUUCUACGCUCUGGUGAAGACCAACGCUCUUCUGCUCAUCACCAUCAACUCCUUCGGUCUCCUCAUCGAAUCUGUAUACAUAGUUAUCUAUCUUAUUUAUGCUCCAUCAAAAGCUAAGAAAUGCACUGUUCGGAUGGUCAUCUUCCUCAACGUUAUUGUUUUCGGGCUGAUUCUGGCGGUCACUCUCUCGGCUUUUCAUGGACACAAGCGCUUGAUUGUACUUGGGUGUAUCUGUGUUACCUUCUCUGUGAGCGUCUUUGUUGCUCCUCUAAGCGUUAUGAGGUUGGUCAUCCGCACAAAAAGCGUGGAGUUCAUGCCAUUCAACUUGUCUCUCUUCCUAACAAUCAGCGCGGCUGUUUGGCUGAGCUACGGUGUGUUGUCGAAGGACAAAUACGUUGCGUUGCCAAACAUUCUUGGACUGUUGUUCGGUAUUGUACAAAUGGUGCUCUACUGCAUCUACAAGGAUGCCAAGCCGGAUCUUGCUGAUACAUCAAAGAACGCAGUGGCGGUGACUGAAAUAAUACUUGCGGACUCUCAGGACGUGAAAGUUGAAGGGGUGAUUGAGCAAAUUGUGUGAGAGCUAUGAGUCUAGAGAGAGAAAAUCUUAUAAAUAUGAUAUUUAUAUGAUAUUUGUGCAAGUUUGAUAUAUAUAUGCAUACAUGUUUUGCUUAUACUAAGAGAGAGAGAGAGAGAGAGAGAGAGAGAGAGAGAGAGAGAGAGAGAGAGAGAGAGAGAGAUGAGAAUUAAAAUGGCUGUAUAAGUAGAUGGAGUCAAGUGUAUCGCAGCAAUGCCUUGUAUUUUGUUUUUCUAAUAUUGAGAGGUUAUUUAGCCUGUUUGAAGGUUUUACA